AUGCUAGCAACAUCCCCGUCCCCUAAUCUUGAGUCCGGCGGCACCAGAUUCUCACGGCCUCAGUAUGAUCAAUCUACAAAGCCUCCCAAUCCAACCCGACCGGCCGCGAAGCAGACCGAACAAAGUCGCAAAUAUCACGUCUCCCCUGAGCUCUUGUACAAGACGAACAGAAACGCCAGCACACGGUCGCUAGAUCGCUACAGCUCACACACGGGCCCGCGAAAGAUGGUCGAUAAGGGCACACAAUGGUCCCCACCAGACCCGAAAGUUUCUACACCACCUGGGACAAAAACGCCGACGUCGACAAUCGGCGGCCUCCAGUUGUCCGAGAAGGAGGAGUCAAUCAGAGUUGCUGCUCUCGCUUUCCAGGCGCCCCAUGAAGGUGGCGAGACACGCUUGGUGAAUAUUGCCAAUGAUCUGAAAUCAGAGAAUGCAGGGCAGGCGCAAGGAAAGAGGCCGGCCGAUGAUCCGGCAACAGGGACAUCGCCAGACCUCUCUGACCCGGUAUUGCAGGACCAACAGUCGGUACUCCCAUCACCCGUGAAGAAGGCACGCCCAGAUACCCCUCCGUUACGUCUGAUGCCGCGUCAAUAUGAGAAUUGCAACACCCGAGAUUUGGUUAUCUUGAUCUCUUCCAUGCUCAUGGAACUGAUUCGGUACAACGACGCGAUCCCUUUACGAGAAGGACAGUUGACCAGAUUCCACUCACGAGCUCCACCCGGCAUUUCGGUACUCGACUAUCUUCAACGACUGACAACUCACGCCACACUAUCCCCACCGAUACUUUUAAGUGUGGUCUUCUACAUUGAUCGCCUCUGCGCUCUCUAUCCAGCCUUUACAAUUAGUAGUCUCACGGUCCACCGUUUUCUAAUCACCAGCGCCACUGUUGCGAGCAAGGGGUUGAGUGAUUCAUUUUGGACCAACAAAACGUACGCCAGGGUUGGCGGCGUUAGCAUGAAGGAGCUUGCCCUUCUUGAACUUGAAUUUCUGACGAGAAUGGAGUGGCGAAUAGUGCCAAAGCCGGAGGUAUUGUGUGACUACUACAAGUCCCUUGUCCAGCGGAAUUCCCAAUACCAACUGGAGGGCUAA